GCCGGGAACCAAGCAAUGCCCAACGCAUUCUUUUCUGGCGGCGCAUCACCACACAGUCACACACCAUUAUCGCUCCAGAUAAGUGAUCGGCGGAGCGCUCCAGAUAAGUGAUCGGCGGAUGGCUCCGCCGAUCUCUGCCGAUGCCGCCACAGUGGAGGCUGCCUCGGUCCUCGUCGCCGCCACCCCGGUCAUCACACCAAAUGAAAUGGUUUGUAAGGACGCGCCGGCGCCGGCCGUCUCUGUUGUUUCCAAGCAGGCCGUUCGGCCGGUCGGCGCGUCGGCGGUUAGAGACCUCAAGCUCUCGGUCUCCGACAUGCCGAUGCUGUCGUGCCACUACAUCCAAAAGGGCCUCUUCUUCCCGCCUCCCGGCGUGCCGAUGGCCUCACUUGUGUCAUCACUCGUGGCGUCGCUCUCCCGCGCGCUUGACGUCUUCCCUGCCCUCGCCGGCAGGCUUGUUACGCUCCACGACGACAGCAUCGUGAUCCGGUACGACGACACGGCCGUCGAGUUCUACCAAGCGGUCGCGCCUGCUCUGUCGCUCGUCGACUUCCUGGUGCCCGACGCCGACGUGCCAACCACGCUCACGAACGGCCUGUUCCCCAUGGACCGAACGGUGAGCUACGACGGCCACAGCCGCCCGCUCACAUCCUUCCAGUUGACCGUGCUCGGCGACGGCGCCGUGUUUGUCGGCUUCGUAGCCAAUCACGCCGUCGUGGAUGGCACCUCCUUUUGGCACUUCUUCAACACGUGGGCGGGGCUGUGCCGCGGCGCGCCAGUCCGGGAGCCCGACUUCCGCCGCAACUUCUUUGGCGACUCCACCGCCGUCCUCCGGUUCCCCGGUGGCGUGGGCCCGACCGUGACGUUCGACGCCGACGCGCCCCUCCGCGAGCGAAUCCUUCACUUCAGUGCUCUCGCUAUUCGCGAGCUGAAGGCAACGGCCAACCGCUGGAAAAGAACAGGUCAAGACGCCGAGGUUAACGGCAAGCUCGUGCAUGACUCCAAGGUUCAGGGAGAUCGAGGUGAGAUCUCGUCAUUCCAAUCGCUGUGCGCGCACAUAUGGAGGGCCGUGACGCGCUCGAGGCGGCUGUUGGCUGCCGACUCGACAACGACGUUCCGCAUGGCGGUGAACUGCCGCCACCGCCUGCGCCCGGCGAUCUCCCCGCUCUACUUCGGCAACGCCAUCCAGAGCAUAGCGACGACGGCGACUGUGUCCGAACUGGCGUCCAACGACCUGAGCUGGGCGGCGGCCAGGCUGCACGCGACAGUGGUGGCGCACGAGGAUGGCGCGAUCCGGCGCGCCGCAGCGGAGUGGGAGGCGGCGCCCCGGUGCUUUCCACUGGGCAACCCCGACGGCGCGGCGCUGACGAUGGGGAGCUCGCCCCGGUUCCCGAUGUACGACGGGAACGACUUCGGGUGGGGCCGCGCGCUCGCCGUACGGAGCGGCCGCGCGAACAAGUUCGACGGCAAGAUGUCGGCGUUCCCCGGGCAGGCUGGGGACGGCAGCGUCGACGUCGAGGUGUGCCUCUCGCCGGACACCAUGGCUUGCCUCCUCCGGGACGACGAGUUCUUGCAGAACGUGUCCUCCCCUUCACCGUGACAGAGCGAAGCAUCUGAUGUGUGGCAUGUUGCUGCGCCCCGGCGCAGCGCCAGUUAUCGGGUUUGUACGCCAGCAGGAAAAAAGGCAAUGGGAUCUCGGUUUUGCUAUUUAA